AUGGUCGACCGCACCGGCAACGGCGCGCGCGGCAGCCCUCUGCGGUUCGCGGUCGCGUCGCAGCUCCUCCGCGGCGCCGGCGCCUGGGCGCCCGACGCCGACGCCCUCGCCGCGACGGCGGGCCGCGAGGUGCGCGUCCUGCACCGGCACGCGAAGAGCAACGCGUUCCUCUACUUUUACGACGCCGACGACGAGGCGGCGGCGUACGGUCACGGGCUCUACGUCGCGCUCAUGGAGGCCCUCGCGGCGCGGGGCGGCUGGACCGUGCGCUACUUCGUCAUGUGCGCCGAGUCCUACGACUGCGCGGCGAACCAGACGGCGGGCCUCAUCCCCAAGGGCACGGAGGCCGACUUUAUGCGCUACUUCCAGGACAACAUGACGACCUUCGACGCCGUCGUGCCGGACGGCAAGACGAGCGCGUCGCUCGUCGACCGGCUCGAGAACUGGACGCGGCCCUUCUCCGCGGACGUCUGGCUCGCGCUGUUCGUGCUCGUCGUGCUCGCCGGCGCGGCCUACGCGCUCCUCAUCCGGGACGAGGCCGCCGGGAACCCGGGCGAGGACCUCUACACGGGCGUCUACCAGGCCGGCGUGACGAUGACGGGCGCCGGCGGCUUCGAGCCGACGUCGCGCGCGGGCAAGGCCUUCGUCCUCAUCUUCUCUUUCUUCACGCUGCUCGUCGUGGCGGCGUAUACCGCGGGACUGCGGCGUCCUCCCGGCGCGGCGCUCCCGCCCCACUCGCGCGCGAUCCGCAGGCGAACCUCACGACGUUCCUGA